AUGACAACCAGAGUACUAAGGCAAAACUUUAGUGCCUACAGUAACUAUGCCUACAGCUACUAUGCCUACAGUUACUAUGCCUACAGCUACUAUGCCUACAGCUACUAUGCCUACAGUUACUAUGCCUACAGUUACUAUGCCUACAGCUACUAUGCCUACAGUUACUAUGCCUACAGCUACUAUGCCUACAGCUACUAUGCCUACAGUUACUAUGCCUACAGCUACUAUGCCUACAGUUACUAUGCCUACAGCUACUAUGCCUACAGCUACUAUGCCUACAGCUACUAUGCCUACAGCUACUAUGCCUACAGCUACUAUGCCUACAGUUACUAUGCCUACAGCUACUAUGCCUACAGCUACUAUGCCUACAGCUACUAUGCCUACAGUUACUAUGCCUACAGCUACUAUGCCUACAGCUACUAUGCCUACAGUUACUAUGCCUACAGCUACUAUGCCUACAGCUACUAUGCCUACAGUUACUAUGCCUACAGCUACUAUGCCUACAGCUACUAUGCCUACAGCUACUAUGCCUACAGCUACUAUGCCUACAGCUACUAUGCCUACAGUUACUAUGCCUACAGCUACUAUGCCUACAGUUACUAUGCCUACAGUUACUAUGCCUACAGCUACUAUGCCUACAGUUACUAUGCCUACAGCUACUAUGCCUACAGCUACUAUGCCUACAGCUACUAUGCCUACAGCUACUAUGCCUACAGCUACUAUGCCUACAGCUACUAUGCCUAUAGCUACUAUGCCUACAGCUACUAUGCCUACAGCUACUAUGCCUACAGCUACUAUGAAUGA